GCCGCUGGGUUCUUUUUUGCUGCACCAGCGUGCGUGAGUAGCCAUGGCGGGGUUGCUCCGGUCAUCCGUGUGGCUCCGUUCGCGUCUCUUGCUCUGGCGAGGGGGAUGCGCCCUUCCGGGACCCGUCCCGUCCCCGUUGCCCUCGGCUGCCCUACGACGCUUUCACAGCAACCCCAGCAGAGCAUUCCUAAUAUACCCCACAAGGCUCUUUACAAUUGCAGUCCAAGAAAACAGAGAUGUUCAAGAGCAGUUACCUAUUCAACAAAAGCAGAUACAAUUUUUUGAUUGGGCCUUUAACAAAAUGGACAAUUCUAUCAGAAGAAAUGGGUGCAUUACUAAAUCCCUGUUAGAAGACAUAUUUCAUGAUGCCUGCAAAACAGGAUUUCCAAAUGGUAACCAGGCCUUGCUGCUGUUAAGAAGCUGUGGCUCACUGUUGCCUGAGCUACCUCCGCUUGAAAGAACAGCACUUGCUCAUACCAUGUGGACAAAGCUGAAAGAUGCUGGUGUUGUAUUUGACAUAAGCCAUUAUAACGCUUUGCUAAAAGUGUAUCUCCAGAAUGAACAUGAUUUUUCUCCAGAUGAAUUCCUGACAAAAAUGGAAGAGGCAAAUGUCCAGCCCAAUCGAGUCACAUAUCAGCGACUGAUUGCUGCCUAUUGCAAUAACGGAGAUAUUGAUGGUUCCAGCAAAAUUCUUAAUAUUAUGAAAAGCAAAGAUCUCCCAAUUACAGAGUUGAUUUUCAGCGCCCUUGUCACUGGUCAUGCAAAAGCUGGAGAUAUGGACAAUGCAAUCAACAUCCUUUCUGUCAUGAGAGACACUAAAAUUGAACCUAGUUCAGAGACUUAUUUGGCACUCUUGAAUGCAUACGCUGAGAAAGGCAACAUAAACCAAAUUGAAGAGGAACUAAAAAAUGUCGAAAAGGCUGAAAUUUAUCUUUCUGAAAGAGAUUUUAUGGAUAUCAUUUUUACUCUUGCUAAGGCUGGAUAUCCUCAGCAUGUACAAAAUAUUCUGGAGAAGAUAAAGUUUAGUAAAGAAAGCAUACCAGAUGUAAAGAAUCUUUGCCUGAGAUUAAUAACAUUUAACUUAGAAGAUACAGCUUUUGAAGUUCUGCAUUCAGUUUUUGUGGCAUUAGGGCUCACCUGUGAAAAACACAAUACCCAGUGCAACUUUUUCUUACGACAUUGUAUAAACAUGGAAACGCCCUUGGCCAAAUUGAAGUAUUUCUGCAGUGAGCUAAAAGCGAGCAACUUACACCCUUCAUCUCUAUUGUCGAGUUUAUACUUUGCGUUGGAAACAAAGAAAACUGAUUUAUCUAUUGAUAUAAUGAAGAUAAUAAAAGAAGAAGGCUUAGGUCUUAAACCACACUAUUUUUGGCCAUUGCUGGCUCAGCACCAGGAAAAGAAGAACACUGAAGGUGUAAUUAAUGUCCUCAAAACUAUGGAUGAAUUGGAGGUAGAGCCAACUAUUGACACCUUUUUAUUAUAUGUUUUCACAAAAUUGGAUAAUCUUGACCCUGUUCGCCAGAGGAUUCAAGAAAAAGGCAGUCCUUUGGAAACCAAUAAAUUCUUAGCAGCAGAAAUCAGGCAUGAAGCUUCACAGGGCAGACUGGAUAAAGUUUAUCAGUUAUUAUCUUCCUUAAACAACUGGACAACGGAGAGGAGUCAUAUCAGGAACAGUAUAAUCCUUGGAUUUAGAAGGUGUAUUGAUGUUGAUCUUUGGAACAAGAUAACAGAACUGUUGUAUAUGGAGGAACAGAAGGCUGAACAAGAAACUGAAAAUAUUGGCCGUUUUCUUUAUUCCUUGAUUGACAACAUGACUGACUCAGAGGUACAGGACAAGGAGGAGCAGUUGAGACAAUACUUCCAUCAGCUGCAGAAGAUGAAUAUAACGAUUCUUCCUGCCUACUACAAAGGUAUUCGCAAACUGCUGAUCGAAUACAACGUUCCCAAUUUAAUUAAGUCCUUGAUUAAUUCACAAAAUUUGGAACAGAAACUUCAACAACUUAAAGCUGAAAACAAACCCAUUGGAGAUAUUCUAAAGGACUUUAUAGUUGCUCUGUGUUCAGAAAAGAAUAUGCAGAAAGCUCUUGAAGUAAAAGCCAAAUACGAAUUCGACAUGAAUGUUGUGGGCUAUGGAGCCUUAAUACGCCUUUGCUGUCAAAAUGAUAAUGUAGAGGAAGCAAUGAACCUGAAAGAAGAAUUUUGCCGUAAAGAUUCAUCUGAUGUUCUUGAAUUAAGCACUUACAUAGAAUUGAUUAAGAUUUUGGUGAAACGUGAAAGACUGGAUGAUGCUAUUAACAUUUUAAAGGAGAUGAAAGAGAAGAAUGUCUGUAUUAAAGAUUCAGCUGUCACACAGUGUUUCCAUAUCCUUAAUAAUGUAGCCUUCAAAGGUGAAGUUGAAAAGGUGAAUCAGCUGCAUGAGGCUAUGGUAGACCUGCUGUUACCACAGUCUUCUGUAAAAUUGUGCUCUCCCCUAGUUACUGUUCACUUGAAGAGGGAUGACUUAUUAACAGCGGUGGAAGUGUUAUUUGAAUGCUAUAGAAAGUACGGUGGGCAACCUAGACUUCAUGAAAUCUUAUGUGGAUUAAUAGAGAAGGGAGACAGUGAAACAGUGAAGAAAGUUUUUGACUUUUUCACCGAAGAGAAAAAACAAAUGGGAAUGAUGUUUGAUCUCUUCUUUGCCUUUCUGGCAACUGGCAAAUACAAAGAAGCCAAGAAGAUCAUUGAGACACCUGGCCUAAGAGCAAAAUCAGAAAGAAUGGAAUGGUUUGCAAACAGAUGUAUUGCAAAUAAUAAUGUUGAGAGCCUGGAAGCCAUGGUAACACUGACUGAAAACCUCUUUGAUUGUGAUAGAGAUAAGAUGUAUUAUUCUCUGUUAUUAUUAUGCCAGAAAAAUAAUGAUUUAGAAAAGGCUGAAUCUGUUUGGACUAAAAUGCAGGAAGAAAACAUUGUUCCCCGUUCAAGAACUUUGCAUUUGCUAGGACAUAUUUUUAAAGCUAAUAAUCAGAAAAUUCCAUUUACUGUACCUGAGAAUUGGUAUGAAAGCGAUGAUGAUUCUGCAGCAGUUGGCUUGUCAUCACCUCCUCAGAAAAUAUAUCAAGUUAAUGAAAAAAUAGAUCGAUUUUGUAAAAAUGGUAAACACACAGAGGCAUACAGACUUUUUCUAAUGACGAAGGACGUUGUACUUAAUGUCAGUUGUUACAACAAUCUUAUCAAAUCAUUGCUCAGCCAUGGUUCUCUUACAGAAGCAAUGGAAGUUAAAAAAAUUGCUGAGAACCACAUCAAGGGCUUCGUGCUGAACGAUGCUGCCAGCAGCCUCCUCAUCUUAACGCAAGUUAGGCGGGAUUAUUUGAAAGAAGCAAUGUCUUCCCUCGAUACACUUAUUAAAAAUGGUAAGAUACCCAGUCAACUAGCAACUACUCGUCUUGUUCAGGCAUUCGCUGAGAAGGGAGAUGAAGAGAGUAUAAGGGAAAUUGAGAAAUUAAUAGAACCUCUCCAUGGGAUUAUUAAAUUGCCAAGAAUGCUUUUCAUCAACAACACAGUGCUGGCUCGCAUCAAAAACAAUAACUGCGAUGCUGCCACAGAAUACAUUGAGGAGAAAUUCAUUUCUAGACAACUGACUGAAGAUGCCAACCUAUCCUUUGUAUUCAGAAAAUUGAUAGAAGACAAAGAAGAAACAGCUUUGGAAAAACUGAGUGCGAUGGCUGAAAGAUUGGCAAAUCAGUUUGGAAUUUAUAAGCCUGUUACAAAUCUUUUCCUUCAGUACAUAGAGCAAGAAAAAAUAAAUGACGCUGAGCUUCUUCUACAGAGAAACAAAGCAAUAAGUGAACAAAAGAAUUAUAUCAUAGCUUUUAUUAUACAGAAAUCCAGGACCAAAGGAGAGAGCAAAAAGAUCAGGACUUUAAGGGACCUGAUACCUGAUUUCAAAGAUCAAGACCAGCUGUUCCACUACCUCCUGAAAAGCUACUACUUGGAAAAGGAUGUAGUUUCAUGUAAAGCUCUGUAUGAAGAAAUGAAAGCAAAAAAUAUAGACUUAAAUGACCUGUGUUUGAAACGUUUGGCAGUCCUGCUGAAAGAAUACGGACAACCUGUUCCUUUCACUGAACCUCCUGAAAGCUUCACAUUCUACGCAGAGAAGUUAAAGAAUGAAAAGGAGUCACAUUCAUCUGAUGAUGAUUAACUUGUUUAUAUAUUAGCUUCUGUUAGAAAUACUAUGAUUAUUACAAGAGGGCCUGUUUUAAAUUCUGUGUUAUUGUCAGAAAAUAAAGGUGAAAAAAUAGGA